AUGCUCAGGCGGGCGCGUUGGGGGGCUCUCUCCGUGGUGCUGAUCCUGCUCUGGGGCUCUCCGCCCGCCGCCCUGGCCUGUCCUCACCCCUGCGCUUGCUAUGUUCCCAGCGAGGUCCACUGCACCUUCAGAUCCUUGGCCGCUGUGCCCGCAGGGAUUGCAAAGCACGUGGAGAGGAUCAACUUGGGGUUUAAUAGUAUACAGGCUCUGUCGGAAACCUCAUUUGCAGGACUGACCAAGUUGGAACUACUUAUGAUUCAUGGCAAUGACAUUCCAAGCAUUCCUGAUGGGGCUUUAAGGGACCUCAGCUCCCUGCAGGUUUUCAAGUUCAGCUACAACAAGCUAAGGGUGAUCACGGGGCGGACCCUCCAAGGGCUCUUGAGCUUAAUGCGGCUGCACGUUGACCACAACAAGAUCGAGUUCAUCCAUCCACAAGCGUUCAGCGGGUUGACGUCCCUGAGGCUUCUCCACCUAGAGGGGAACCUUCUCCACCAGCUGCACCCCAGCACCUUCUCUACCUUUACUUUCCUGGAUUAUUUCAGGCUCUCCACCAUCCGACACCUCUACCUGGCUGAGAACAGGAUCCGAACUCUGCCCACGGGCAUGCUUCAAAACAUGCCGCUGCUGGAGAACCUCUACCUGCAGGGGAAUCCGUGGUCCUGCGACUGUGACAUGCAGUGGUUUCUGGAAUGGGAUGCUAGGUCCAGAGGGGUUCUGAAGUGUAAGAAGGACAAAGCUUAUGAAGGCGGUCAGUUGUGUGCCAUGUGUUCCAGUCCCAAGAAGCUGUACAAGCAAGAGAUUCACAAGUUGAAUGACAUUGCUUGCCUGAAGCCUUCCAUUGAGUCUCCUCUGAGACAGAACAAGAGCAGAAGCAGUGAAGAGGAGCAGGAAGAAGAGGAGGAUGGUGACAGCCAGCUUGUUUUGGAGAAGUUCCAACUCCCCCUGUGGAAUAUCUCUUUGAAUAUGACCGACGAGCAUGGGAACAUGGUCAACUUGGUCUGUGACAUCAAGAAACCAACAGAUGUGUACAGACUUCACCUGAACCAGACGGAUCCUCCAGAGAUCAGUAUCAAUGCAACAGUCGCCUUGGACUUUGAGUGUCCGAUGACUCGGGAAAACUAUGAAAAGCUGUGGAAGCUGAUAGCGUAUUACAGCGAAGUCCCUGUGAAGCUGCACCGAGAACUUAUGCUCAGCAAAGACCCCAGAGUCAGUUACCAGUACCGGCAAGACAUUGAUGAUGAUGCCCUUUACUACACUGGCGUCAGAGCCCAGAUCCUUGCAGAACCAGAAUGGGUCAUGCAGCCAUCCAUAGACAUCCAGCUGAAUCGACGUCAGAGCACAGCCAAGAAGGUCCUGCUCUCCUAUUAUGCUGAGCACUCUCUAACUUUAUCUUCCAAAGACACAAGCCAGGCUCGGAGCAGAAGCUGGGUGAUGAUUGAGCCCAGCACGGCAGUGCAGAGAGCUGAGACCAUCCUGGAAGGGGGUUCAUGCCAGCUGAGUUGCAAUGUGAAAGCUUCUGAGAGCCCAUCUAUCUUCUGGGUGCUCCCGGAUGGUUCCAUUCUGAAAGCUCCUAUGGAUGAUCGGGAGGGCAAGUUCUCUAUCCUCAGCAGUGGCUGGCUGAAAAUUAAAUCCAUGGAGCCUUCUGACUCAGGCUUGUACCAGUGCAUUGCACAGGUCAGGGAUGAAACAGAUCAGAUGAUGUACAGGGUUUUUGUGCAGUCUCCUUCCACUCAGCCCUCACUGGAGAGAGAUCUGAUGACAAUUCACAAGGACCCGGGGGAGUCUGUGAUGCUGCCUUGCAGUGCCUUGGCAAUACCCGAAGCCCACCUCAGCUGGAUCCUCCCAAACAGAAGGAUAGUUAACAAUUUGGCUAACAUGUCACAUGUGUACAUGCUGGCAGAUGGAACUCUGUCCAUCCCAGAGGUCCAAGUCAGUGAUGGCGGUUACUAUAGAUGUGUGGCUGUCAACCAACAAGGGGCAGACCAUUUUACAGUGGGAAUUACAGUGCAUAAGAAAGGACCCGGCAGGUCUUCCAAAAGAGGCCGACGUCCUGGCGCAAAGUCUCUUUCCAGAGUGAGAGAAGACAUUGUGGAGGAUGAAGGGGGCUCUGGCAUGGGAGAGGGAAAGACUUCAAGGAGAGUUCUGCAUCCGAAGGACCAAGAAGCACUCAUCAAAACAAAGGAUGAGGCCAUCCUUGGAGACAAGAAAGUCAGGAAAGGAAGAAGGAAACAGAAACUCUGGAAGCAUUCUGAAAAAGAACCGGAGACCAAUGUCGCAGAAGGCCGCAGAGUGUUUGAGUCCAGACGGAGGAUAAACAUGGCGAACAAGCAGAUUAAUCCAGAGCGUUGGGCCGAUAUUUUAGCCAGAGUCCGUGGGAAAAAUCUCCCCAAGGGCACAGAAGUGCCCCAGGCCAUUCAAACUACCACUCUUCCAUCCAUGCAUCUAGAAGUAACACCUCUCUCACCAGCUGUGUCUCCCCUCUCAGCAGCACCUGUGCAGGCAGCAGCCAGUGCUGAAGAGUCCUCAGCAGAUAUGUCUUUAUUUGGUGAGGAAGAGCAGGUUUUGAGUACCAUGUCUUUAGCCAGGAUGGGACUAGAACACAACCACAAUGAAGUCAUUCUUUCUGAACCCAAAGUAGCAGAUGUGCCCCCAGAAGAUGUUAUUGAGGAUGAGUUUUCUGAGAAGACUGAGGAGAUAAUUUCCACUGAAGGGGCCACGAAGUGGGUUGAAACCCCGACACUGAUAUCUGAACCUUAUGAAUCUUCUCCCACUCUACAGACCCUGGACACCAUCUAUGAAGAGCCCACCGAGGAAGAGACAGCAACAGGGCAUUGGCUUACAACAGAUGUUGGAUCUGUGCCAGAGCCUACAUCAAAUGAGUAUGAGCCUCCAUUGGAUGCUACCUCCUUUACUGAGUCUGAAACUGUGCAAUACGUUUACCCAGAUUUGGAGACUAAUUCAUACCCAGAUGAGGCUAAGAUGAAAGAACAGACCUCUGUCCACUUUUUUCCAACCCCUACUGCAUGGGUUGCUGACUCCAGUACUUCUGAGACAUUGGACAAUCCCACUUUAGGGAAAGCAGGUGUCCCAGCUCAAUCACAUCUACAAGGACACACAGACAACAUCCAGCUUCUGAAAAGUGAUUUAAGCACUCAAGGUAACACACUGAAUAAAAAGAAGAUAAAGGGUAAAUCUCGGACAGCACAGGAAGGAGAUAUGUUAGAAAGACACCUCACAAACUCUAGAAAUUCUCAGAGUGAGGGGCAGGAUAUCACUUCUAUCACUGUACCUGAUUCCUCACUGGGAGGGAUGAACAAUGUCUCUCCAUUUAAGCCGCCUAGGGAAACCACACUUGGCACCCUGUUGGCCAAAGACACCAUGAUGGCAACAGUGACAACACCAGGCCAGAAGAUGGGUUCACCAUCAGUUCCAGUCACUCACUCUUCUCGAAGAAGACCCAAUGGAAGGAGGAGAUUACGCCCCCACAAAUUCCACCACCAGCAUAAGCAAACCCCAACAACUCUUACCCCAAUAGAGACUUUUUCUACUAAACCAACUCAAGCAUCUGAAAUUAAGAUUCCAAAACAAGUGGAGAGUUUGCUGGCUCCUACAUCUUCUGUUGAUAACACAGUGAAUAUCCCCAAACGUCUGGAAAUAAAGAAGGAUGCACAGCCUGUGUCCAAGGGAACCCCACGAAGGAAACAUGGAAGGAAGCCAAACAAGCAUCGACAUACCACUUCUACAGAGAGCUCAAAAGCAUCUGUAUCCAUGCCCAGUGUAUCAUCAGAAAAUAAACAUCACAGUGGUAUUACUCCCAGUUCAGAAACUAUUCUUUUGUCUAGAACUGUUUCUCUGAAAAUGGAAGACUCAUAUAACAUCACCAGAGUGGAGGAUUAUACAACUACCACAAAAAUAAGAUCACCUCACCCUAAAAUCCAAGAGACACUUUCAGUCACACAUACACCCAUAUCAGAUGGGAAAGAAAUUAAGGAUGAUAGUCUCACAGAUGUCAACAACUAUAAAAUUGAUACUUUAGUACCCAUAGAGUCAAUCACUAGUGUUGUAUCAACUUCUGAGUCCUCAGUCUCCACUGUGGAAGAAUUUAAGGAAGAAUUCUCUUCUUUGGGCUUUCCAGAAUCGCCAACCUGGAGCCCUUCAAGGACUUCUGAGCUUGGGAGACUGCAAACAGACAUAUCUGUCACCAGUUUUGGGAAAAACCUUGUUCUUAAAGGGCUGGAAGAUAUGGAUUUUACUUCUGAGUUUUCACCUUCUGUGACGGUCUCCACACCACUUCAAUGGGAAGAAAUUGGUGCUCUGACAACUCUCUCAAGCAUAAAAAAAGAGCCGUCUUCAAGUCACGCAGAUACCACCACUCAUGUUCAAGAACAUCAUAAAACCACUAUUGCUCUUCUCUCUUCUGAAACCAGACCACAGAAUCACAUCUCUACUCCUGCUCUGGCGGAAGAACCAGCCUCCCCCUUCUCACCCACGACUCUUAUGGUUUUGGCAGAAACUACCACUGAGCCAGCACUUCUGAGUUCAAGAACCUCUCUGACGUUUACAGAUCCCAAGGAAAAUGUUUUCUUGAAUUAUGUGGGGAACCCAGAAACCAAAGCACCCCCAAUGGACAGUGAAUUGACUCAGCACACAUUGAGGCCAAAUGAAUUAUCUACUCCCACUUUCUACCAGAAUGCAUUUAACUUGUCCCCAAAUCAGGCGUUGGGAAAGGAAGUGUUUGAUGGUAGGAGCAAAAAUAGUCUACCACAUGGUCCAGAUAGUCAACACCUGGAUGGAAGAGUCCACCCUUCUCAUCAACCCACCAGAGUCCUUGCCAAACCUGUCCCACCAAAGGGAACAGUGAGACCACCUGAUGUGGCCAUACAAAGCCCCUUUAGAUAUUUUGUAACCUUCCAGCCACCCCAUCACCUGACCAACAAACCAGAAGUAACUGCAUAUCCUUCAAGGGCUUUGCCGGGGAACGAACACUUGACGACUCCAAGAUUAUCAAGUACCACAACUCCUCUUCCAUUGCACAUGUCUAAACCUGGCAUUCCUGGUAAGUUUCCCGACCCAAGAACUGACCAGUUCAAUGACUACUCCAAAGUGCGUGGAAAUAAUGAUCUCCCUGAGCCAAGACACCCAGUUAGCAAACUUCCAAGUUCAAGAACGCCUCAUUAUUCCAGCGGAAGAUUCCCUUUCUUCAUCAACAGGACUCUUUCUUUCCCACAGUUGGGAGUCACUCAGAAGCCCCAGACAUCCAGCUCUCCCACCCCAGUGACAAGGGAGAGAAAGGUCAACCCAGGUCCCUACAAUAGGAUAAAUUCCCAGGGCAUCUUUCACAUGGACUUUGGCCCUCCGGCACCUCCAGUAUUGCACUCUCCCCGGACCACGAUGUCACCCUCCACUAACUUACAGAAUAUCCCCCUGAUCACUUCCACCCGGAGCUCUAUCUCCUUUGUGACGUCCUCCGCCCAGUCCUCAGUAGGCUUCCACCAGAGCAGCUCAAAGUUUUUUGCUGGAGGACCGCCUGCAUCCAAGUUCUGGACCCUUGGGGAAAAGCCGCAGAUCAUCACAAAAUCCCCACAGACCGUGUCCGUCACUGCUGAGACAGAUGCUGUGUUCCCAUGUGAGGCAACAGGGAAACCCAAGCCUUUUGUUACUUGGACAAAGGUUUCCACAGGAGCUCUCAUGACUCCUAAUACCAGGAUCCAACGCUUUGAGGUCCUUAAAAAUGGCACACUGAUCAUUCGGAAGGUCCAGGUCCAGGACCGGGGCCAGUACGUGUGCACAGCCAGCAACCUGCAUGGCCUGGACCGGAUGGCACUCCUGCUUUCGGUCUCCGUGCAGCAGCCUCAGAUCCUGGCCUCCCACUACCAGGAUGUCACCGUCUACCUGGGCGACACCAUCACCAUGGAGUGUCUGGCCAAGGGGACUCCGGCCCCCCAGAUCUCCUGGCUCUUCCCAGAUGGGAGGGUGUGGCAUGCCGUGUCCCCCAUGGAGGGCCGCGUUACUCUGCACGAAAACCGGACGCUGUCCAUCAAGGAGGCCUCCUUCUCAGACAGAGGAGUCUACAAGUGUGUGGCCAGCAAUGCAGCUGGUGCGGACAGCCUGGCCAUCCGCCUGCACGUGGCAGCACUGCCCCCUGUCAUCCAGCAGGAGAAAUCGGAGAAUAUCUCACUGCCCCCGGGCCUGAGCAUCCACGUCCACUGCACGGCCAAGGCUGCACCGCCGCCCAGCCUGCGCUGGGUGUUGGCCGAUGGCACCCAGGUGCGCCCAUCGCAGUUUCUGCACGGGAACCUGUUCGUCUUCCCCAAUGGGACCCUCUAUAUCCGCAACCUGGCGCCCAAGGACAGCGGCCGCUAUGACUGCGUGGCCGCUAACCUGGUGGGCUCGGCACGCAGGACCGUGCAGCUGGCUGUGCAGCGCACUGCAGCCAAUGCGCGCAUCACCGGCACCUCAGCACGCAGCACAGACGUCAGGUAUGGGGGGACCCUGCGGCUGGACUGUAGCGCCUCGGGGGACCCCUGGCCACGCAUCCUCUGGAGGUUGCCAUCCAAGCGGGUGGUUGACGUGCUCUUCAGCUUUGACAGCAGAGUCAAGGCGUUUGCCAAUGGGACCCUGGUGGUGAAGUCAGUGACAGACAAAGAUGCCGGAGACUACCUAUGUGUGGCCCGGAAUAAGGUCGGUGAUGAUUAUGUCAUGCUCAAGGUGAAUGUGGUGAUGAAACCAGCCAAGAUAGAGCACAAAGAAGACAAUGACCACAGGGUCUUUUAUGGGGGCGACCUGAAAGUUGAUUGCGUGGCCACUGGCCUGCCCAACCCAGAGAUCUCAUGGAGCCUCCCGGAUGGGAGUCUGGUCAACUCCUUGAUGCAAUCGGAUGACAGUGGUGGCCGUACCAAGCGCUACGUGGUCUUCAACAAUGGGACACUGUACUUCAACGAGGUGGGGAUGAGGGAGGCUGGAGAUUACACCUGCUUCGCCGAAAACCAGGUCGGCAAGGACGAGAUGCGAGUGCAUGUCAAGGUGGUCACUGAGCCUGCAGCCAUCCGGAACAAGACAUACCUGGUGGUCCAUGUCCCCUAUGGUGAUGUGGUCACCGUAACCUGCGAUGCCAAGGGUGAGCCCACGCCCACGGUGAUGUGGCUGUCCCCGACCAACAGACUGAUCCCUGCAUCCUCCGAGAAGUACCAGAUCUAUGAAGAUGGCACCCUCCUCAUCCAGAAAGCCCAGCGCUCGGACAGCGGCAACUAUACCUGCCUGGUCAGGAACAAUGCUGGGGAGGACCGGAAAACGGUGUGGGUUCAUGUUAAUGUCCAGCCUCCCCAGAUCAACGGGAACCCCAAUGCCAUCACCACAGUGCGCGAGGUGGCGGCUGGGGGCAGUCGCAAAAUCAUCGACUGCCAAGUUGAGGGUGUUCCUCCCCCAAGGGUGCUGUGGGCCUUUCCGGAAGGUGUGGUCCUGCCCGCACCAUACUACGGAAACCGGGUAACUAUCCAUGCCAAUGGCACGUUGGACAUCAGGAGCCUGAGGAAGAGUGACUCAGUGCAGCUGGCGUGCAUCGGUCGCAAUGAGGGUGGGGAGGCCAGGCUGAUCGUGCAGCUGACCGUGCUGGACCCCAUGGAGAAGCCCGUGUUCCAUGACCCCGUGAACGAGAAAAUCACGGCUGCAGCUGGUCACACCAUCAGUCUCAACUGCUCUGCGUCUGGGGCCCCCUCACCCACCCUGCUGUGGGUCCUUCCCAAUGGCACAGAGCUUCAGCCCAGCCGGCGGCUACAUCGUUUCUUCCACAAGGCCGAUGGCCGGCUGCACAUCAGUGGCCUGUCCUCAGGGGAUGCUGGAGCUUACCGCUGCGUGGCCCGGAAUGCCGCUGGCCACACAGAGAGGUUGGUGUCACUGAAGGUGGGGCUGAGACCCGACGUGAGCAACCAGUACCGCAACCUGGUGAGCAUCAUCAAUGGGGAGACACUGAACCUGCCCUGCACUCCCCCAGGGGCCCGGCGAGGACAUCUGUCCUGGACACUGCCCAACGGCGUGGUCCUGGAGGGCACUCAGGCCUUGGGACGCUUCUCCCUCCUGGAGAACGGGACCCUCACAGUGCGCGAGGCCUCCGUGUUCGACCGGGGUACAUACGCCUGCAGGGUGGACACAGACUACGGCCCUUGGGUCACCAGCAUUCCAGUCAUUGUGAUAGCAUAUCCCCCCAGGAUCACCAGCGAGCCCACUCCAGUCAUCUACACACGGCCUGGGAACACAGUGAAGAUGAACUGCAUGGCCAUGGGCAUUCCCAAAGCUGAGAUCACCUGGGAGCUGCCUGACAAGUCACAUCUGAUGGCAGGCGCCCAGGCCCGUCUUUAUGGAAACAGAUUCCUUCACCCUCAAGGGUCACUGACCAUCCAGCAUGCCACCCCGAGGGAUGCCGGCUUCUACAAGUGCACGGCUAGGAACAUUCUGGGCAGUGACUCCAAGACCACGUACAUCCAUGUCUUCUGAGAUGUCCCCUGGGGAACGCAGGUUC